UACUACUCUGCUCAUUGGUGCUUUUCGCAAUUGGAGCAACGAUGGCGCCUGCGAAAACCUCAGGUGCUGUCAUUGCCGUGGUCUCCAUGGCCCUAUUGUCUUACUUAUUAUCUACCUAUCGAUCGAAGCUUCCACUUCUAAGAAUGCGAAGAUGCCUUUUAUCAAAGAAAAUCGGAAAUGGUCUUAUCGAUGCCAUUGGAAACACCCCUUUGAUCAGAAUCAACAGCCUUUCUGAAGCUACUGGUUGUGAAAUUCUCGCUAAAGCUGAGUUUUUGAACCCUGGGGGAAGCGUGAAGGAUAGAGUAGCAGUGAAAAUCAUUGAAGAGGCUUUAGGUUCUGGUGAGUUGGUUCCUGGUGGAGUAGUUACUGAAGGAAGCGCUGGAAGCACUGCCAUCAGCCUUGCCACAGUGGCUCCUGCAUAUGGGUGUAAAUGUCAUGUGGUUAUCCCAGAUGAUGUUGCGAUUGAGAAGUCUCAAAUUCUUGAAGCUCUUGGAGCUACUGUUGAAAGAGUGAGACCAGUUUCAAUUACACACCGAGAUCACUAUGUCAAUGUUGCAAGGAGAAGGGCAAUGGAAGCAAAUGAAUUAGCAUCAAAAGAAAGAAAAUCUGAUGGAACAGAUGCCAAAAUGUUGCAGCAAAAUAAUGAUCGGGAGUAUGGAGAAAUGGCAAAAUAUUCGAGAGGGGGUUUUUUUGCAGAUCAGUUUGAAAACCUAGCAAACUUUCGAGCUCACUAUGAGGCCACUGGGCCUGAGAUUUGGGAGCAAACUGGUCGCAACUUGCAUGCUUUUGUGGCUGCUGCAGGUACAGGUGGCACUUUAGCUGGGAUUUCCCGGUUUCUGCAGGAAAAGAAUCCUUACAUCAAGUGCUUUCUGAUUGACCCUCCUGGUUCUGGACUGUUCAAUAAAGUGACUAGGGGGGUGAUGUACACCAAGGAAGAGGCUGAAGGUCGAAGGCUAAAGAACCCUUUUGAUACCAUAACUGAAGGAAUUGGGAUUAACAGGUUAACUAAGAAUUUUAUGAUGGCAGAACUUGAUGGGGCUUUCAGAGGUACAGAUAUGGAGGCUGUCGAAAUGUCCAGGUUUCUUCUAAGGAAUGAUGGGCUCUUUGUUGGGAGUUCCUCAGCCAUGAACUGUGUUGGAGCUGUUCGAGUGGCAAAAUUGAUGGGGCCUGGCCACACAAUUGUAACAAUUCUUUGUGACAGUGGGAUGAGGCAUCUGAGUAAAUUUUAUGACGCUCAGUAUCUCUCUCAGCAUGGUUUGACACCAUCAGCCACUGGUCUAGAGUUUCUUGGUCUUGGUUGAGAUGUGAUUGGAUCAAAGAUUUUAGUGCCUCAAGUACAAAACUUUGAGCUUGCACGAACCGAACCAUGGCUAAUUCUAUUUUGCAACAGGAUCGUUUUGUGCAAGUGCAAUUGUCACUUCUAUAACCCUAAGGAUUUUUAAUUUGGUGAUACUGAAGCGCGGUAUUGGUCUUCCAGAACUUUGCGCAUAACUUUUAUACUUCACAUUAAUUUUGUGAGAGAGAUAAUGAGGCAUUGGUUAGAAUUCUGAUUGUGAAAACCAAUAAAUUACAAUGUAGUCCAGUUGGUAAUUUGUUCUAUGUUUUCAUUGACAGAACAGAAAAAAAAAGAGAAACAAUUAAAUGAUACACUAAUCCUAUACAGAAA